CACCUUCGCCCCCUGACGUGACUGUCAAUUGAGAAAUUGGCUGUGAGUAACUCGAUGCCCUCUGCACUGGUACGUGAAUGCAUGAUGAAGGGGCAUCACUCCCUGUCACUCGGCCCUCCUAGAAGGGGAGUCACCCCUUUUCCUCCCACAGUGAAUGGUCUUCCCUCCCCUCUUCCCAUCAGCUUCACCCUGGGCCACAUCUGGGCAUUUCCCCAGGGGGGGCGUGGUUCUCCCUCUUGGCUCUGGAAUGCUCCCACGACAGCCCUGUUCCCACUGGCAAACAUCUGCCCUCUUUUCCCAGAGGAUCCCGUCAUUAGGAAAUUCCUCGCCUGGGACAAAAACCUGCAAGUAUCUGACAAGUAUCUCCUGUCGAUGGUGAUAGCUUAUUUCAGCCGGGCCGGGCUCUUCUCCUGGCAAUUCCAGAGAAUCCAUUUCUUUAUAGCUCUCUAUGUGGCCAACGACAUGGAAGAGGACAACCAGGCCCCCAAACAGGCCAUCUUUUCGUUCCUCUAUGGAAAGAACCGCUCCCAGCGUCCCUUGUUCCACAAACUGCGUCUCCAGUUCAUCCGUUCCAUGGGCUGGAACGCUAGGGUCACUCGGGAAGAGUGCGAGCAGGUGGGUGGGCUGUGGCGGUCUGGGGGAGGGGCAGGGCCGGAGAGGAGGUGGGGAUCAUGGGGGAUUCGGUCUGGGACCUGGAGACGGACGAGAAAGAACCGGACGCGGGGCACGGGGAGGCAGCGUCAUCCUCAUUUCCAGGGGCUGUUUGUCUUUCCAGAUCCAGGCUUUUGAGCCAGAGCUCUGGGUGUGGGGAAGAGAUCGCGCCCUCUUGCCCUAGAGGCCCCAGGACCACGCAGGCCUGAGGUCAUCGGCCUGCGCAAAGGUAGGUCUGCGUCCGCAAAGGUGCGGGCGGAAUGACGCGUUGCUUACUGAGGAAAUCGGAGGAAUCCCACUGCUGGACCCACAUCACCUCUCACGCUGUGAAGGGGGCCAGCCGGGCACACAGCCACACGCCGACUCAGCGCCCAGCCGCGGCCUCACAGCCACACACACACACCAGCACCGUGGGGCCCGUGGGCGCCAGACCUCGGGGAAACCAGUCUGUCACAGACGCAUGGGUCUCACUGAAGUCAUUUCACCCAAAGCAAUUGGGUCCAAAUAACAGCUUUGAUGAGAUGGUGAUUUUUUUCCAUGUACGGUGUUUCGAGUUUCUCUUUUUAAUUCAUUUUUGGCCUUACAUCCCUCAGGGAUAUGGGUUCUAGGAUUUACCUACCACAAGGUAAACGUCUACAAACAGGAUAUUAGAUGGAACAGCCUACACGUUCAGUAAGAAAAGACCAAUUAUGACUAGCUUUAUUUUCAUCCAAAUUUACUUUCCAAUUGCUUACGGCCAGAUCACCAAUGAUUCCUUUUGUACAAUUCACCUUUUCCCCCUCAACUUUAUGGUCAAGACGGUUUAUCAGAACGAGUGAAGGUUAAGGAAUGCCAUCUUCAGCAUGGCUUAUUACAAUGGACACAUUAGAGUUCUAGAUGUGGGCAGAGGAUUGAGCAAACAUUUGGUUGAAAUCUUGCAAACUAGCUGCCUUAGUCCGUUCGACCUGCCCUAACAAGAUACUACAGCCUGCGUGGCUUAUAAACAACAGAGCACAGUCUCUUUUACAAGGGCAAUAAUCUCAUUCAUGAGGGCUCUACCCCAUGACCUAAUAACCUCCCAAAGACCCCACCCUCCUAAUACCAGCCCCUGAGCGGUUAAGAUUUUAAGAUUUCAACAUAAGAAUUUGGGGGGACACAAACAUUCAGCCCAUAACACUAACCAAGUCUAGGACUGACUAUUAUUUAAACAUUAGGAUCCAGGGACUUCCCUGGUGGCUCAGUGGUUAAGAAUCCGCCUGCCAACGCAGGGCACACGGGUUCGAGCCCUCGUCCGGGAAGACCCCGCAUGCCGUGGCGCAACUAAGCCCGUGCGCCAC